CUGGUCGUCAGUGGAAGAGCGUUUACUUUCUUUUCUUUACUCACCGAACCUCACUAAAAACCAAAAAUGGCAGCCGAAGAUCCCGAUCCAUCCCCCUAUUUGUACGUUACUAUGGAACAGAAACGUAUUGAUCAAACUAAACCAUACGAUGGCAAGAAAAUGGUGUGGGUUAAAGAUGAGAAGGAAGGCUAUGUCAUGGGUCUGAUUAAGGAAACCAAGGGAGACAUGUGCACCGUCGAAAUCGAGAAACAAGAGAACCGAACUGUAAAAAAGGAUGAUUUGCAGCAAGUCAACCCUCCAAAAUACGAAAAGGCAGAAGAUAUGUCUAACUUGACAUACCUGAACGAUGCCAGCGUAUUGCAUAAUUUAAGACAGAGAUAUUAUGCCCAACUUAUCUAUACCUAUUCCGGCUUGUUUUGCGUAGCUAUCAACCCCUACAAGAGGUACCCUAUUUACACAGCAAGAUGCAUGGCGUUGUACAGAGGAAAGAGGCGUACUGAAGUACCACCACAUUUGUUCGCUAUUUCUGAUGGUGCUUACAUGUCCAUGUUAGCAAAUCGUGAAAAUCAGUCUAUGCUUAUUACCGGUGAGUCUGGAGCCGGAAAGACUGAGAACACUAAAAAAGUAAUUGCGUACUACGCAAAUGUUGGUGCUUCCACCAAGAAGGGUGAACAGAAGAAAGGACCAAGUUUGGAAGAUCAAGUCGUCCAAACCAAUCCUGUUCUUGAGGCUUUUGGUAACGCUAAGACUGUGAGGAAUGACAACUCCUCACGUUUCGGUAAAUUCAUCCGUAUUCACUUCGGUCCAAUGGGCAAACUGGCUGGUGCUGAUAUUGAGACAUAUCUAUUGGAAAAAGCUCGUGUGAUCUCCCAGCAAACCCUUGAGCGUUCUUACCAUAUUUUCUACCAAAUGAUGUCAGGCGGUGUUCCCAAUCUCAAAGAGAAUUGUCUUUUAUCCGACGAUAUCUAUGACUACCACUUUGUGUCGCAAGGUAAAAUUGAAAUUCCCAAUGUUGAUGACGCUGAAGAAAUGAGACUUACUGAUACUGCUUUCGAUAUCUUGGGUUUCAGUCAGUCUUACAAAGAUGAAAUUUACAAAAUUACUGCCGCUUGCAUGCACUUUGGUGAAAUGAAGUUUAAGCAGAGGCCCCGAGAAGAGCAGGCUGAGCCUGAUGGUACAGAGGAGGGUGAAAAGAUUGCCCACUUGUUGGGUACCAACGCAGCUGAUCUGUACAAAAACUUGUGCAAGCCAAAGAUCAAAGUCGGUAACGAGAUGGUAACCAAAGGUCAAGGCGCUCAACAGGUAUUGUACUCUUUGGGUGCCUUGGCAAAAGCAUUGUUUGACAGGACUUUCAAGUGGUUGGUAAAGAAGUUGAACGAGACUUUGGACACUCAGCAGAAAAGGCAAUAUUUCAUUGGUGUAUUGGAUAUUGCCGGAUUUGAAAUCUUUGACUUCAAUGGUUUCGAGCAACUGUGCAUCAACUUUACUAACGAGAAACUGCAACAGUUUUUCAACCACCACAUGUUCGUGCUGGAACAAGAAGAGUACACUCGCGAAGGUAUCGAGUGGGUGUUCAUUGACUUCGGACUUGAUCUUGCGGCAUGUAUUGAGUUAAUCGAGAAGCCUCUGGGUAUUUUGUCCAUCCUUGAAGAGGAAAGUAUGUUCCCUAAAGCUACCGACAAGACCUUCCAGGAUAAGUUGAAUUCCAAUCACUUAGGAAAAUCACCCAACUUCGUGAAACCCAAACCACCCAAGCCAGGCCAACAAGAAGCUCACUUCGCUAUUGCUCAUUAUGCCGGCACUGUACCCUACAACAUAAGUGGAUGGCUUGAGAAGAACAAGGAUCCAGUCAAUGACACUGUCGUCGAUCAGUUCAAGAAGGGCUCUAACAAACUUUUGACUGAGAUCUUUGAAGAUCAUCCCGGUCUUGGUGGUGACGAUAAGUCCAAGAGUGGUGGUGGUGGCAGGAAGAAGGGUUCUGGUUUCCAGACUGUCUCUGGUCUUUACAGGGAACAGCUAAAUAGAUUGAUGGCCAGCUUGCACAGCACACAACCACAUUUUGUACGUUGUAUUAUCCCCAACGAGAUGAAACAGCCAGGUGUAAUUGAUGCUGGCUUGGUAAUGCAUCAGCUCACCUGCAACGGUGUACUUGAAGGAAUCCGUAUUUGUCGAAAAGGUUUCCCCAACAGGAUGAUCUACCCUGACUUCAAGCAACGUUACACUAUCUUAGCUGCUAGCGCUGUUCCUAAAGGCUUUGUUGAUGCCAAGAAGGUUGCUGAAGCUGUAUUGGAAGCAAUUCAGCUAGACAAGAAUGAUUACCGUCUUGGAAACACCAAGGUAUUCUUCCGUGCUGGAGUCUUGGGUCGUCUGGAAGAAAUGCGUGAUGACCGUCUUGCCAAAAUUGUCACCUGGUUACAAGCUUGGGUUCGAUGGUAUCUCAGCAAACGAGAAUUCAAGAAGCUACAGGAACAAAGAGUUGCCCUGCUUGUCAUUCAGCGCAAUCUCAGAAAAUUCCUCCAGCUUCGCAACUGGCUAUGGUACAAACUGUAUAUCAAGGUCAAACCCUUGCUUACUAUGGCUAAGGCAGGAGAUGAAAUCAAAGCUUUGGAGGAGAAACUUAAGAAAGCUUUAGAAGCCUUGGAAAAAGAAGAGAAACUGAGGAAAGAUUUGGAACACCAAAAUGUUAAGAUGUUACAAGAGAAGAAUGACAUGUUCUUGCAAUUGGAAUCUGAAAGAUCAGGAUCUGGUGACUUAGAAGAACGUCUUGCUAAGACUAUUUCAAUCAAGAAUGACUUAGAAGGACAGCUUCAGGAACUGCAAGAAAGACUGCAGCACGAGGAGGAUGCUCACAACAACCUCAACCAAAACAAAAAGAAAUUAGAUGGCGAGAUUUCCAACAUGAAGAAAGAAAUUGAAGACCUUCAGCUUGUCAUCCAAAAGGCUGAACAAGACAAAGCUUCUAAGGAUCAUCAAAUCCGCAACUUGAAUGAAGAAAUCGCUCAUCAAGAUGAACUUAUCAACAAGCUCAACCGAGAGAAGAAACAAUUGCAAGAAAUGGGACAGAAAACCGGAGAAGAUCUUCAAGCUACUGAAGACAAAUUGAACCACAUGAACAAAGUGAAAGCUAAAUUGGAACAAACUUUGGAUGAGUUGGAAGAUUCUCUGGAACGUGAAAAGAAAUUGCGUGGUGAUGUUGAGAAGAAUAAGAGGAAGAUCGAAGGUGAUCUGAAAUUAGCCCAGGAAGCCCUUGCUGACCUCGAGAAGAACAAGAAAGAGCUUGAACAAGCUCUACAGAGGAAAGAAAAGGAGAUGGCUAGCUUGGCAGCUAAACUUGAAGAUGAACAGAGCUUGGUUGCUAAACUGCAGAAACAAAUUAAAGAGCUUCAAGCAAGAAUCGAAGAACUGGAAGAAGAAUUGGAAGCUGAAAGGCAGGCAAGAGCAAAGGCUGAGAAACAACGUGCUGAUCUGGCCCGUGAAAUUGAAGAGCUCAGCGAACGAUUGGAAGAAGCUGGAGGCGCUACCUCUGCUCAGGUUGAACUGAAUAAGAGACGAGAAGCUGAAAUGGCCAAGUUAAGGCGAGAUUUGGAAGAAUCGAACCUCCAACACGAACAAACCCUUGCAAAUCUCAGAAAAAAGCACAACGAUGUGGUUGCUGAGCUUAGCGAACAAAUCGACCAAUUGAACAAACACAAAGCCAGGUUAGAAAAGGAAAAGGCUCAAAUGAAAGGUGAACUUGACGAUGUACGAUCUAGCGUGGACCAUGUUAACAAAGAAAAGGCUAACGCUGAAAAACAAGCCAAGCAGCUCGAGAUGCAAUUGGGUGAAUUGCAAGGCAAGAUGGAUGAAGCACACAGAUCUCUUGGCGAUUUGGAUGCCGCAAAGAAGAGGCUGACCGUAGAAAACAGCGAAUUCCAGAGACAACUGGAAGAGGCAGAAUCUCAAAUUAGCCAGCUCAGCAAGCUCAAAAUGUCUUUACAGACCCAACUUGACGAUGUCAAACGAAUGGCUGAUGAAGAAAGCAGGGAACGUGCUACCGCCAUGGGUAGAUACCGAUCCGUUGAGCACGACUUAGACAGCCUCAGAGAACAAGUAGAUGAAGAACAAGAAGCUAAAGCUGAUCUGCAAAGACAAUUGAGCAAAGCCAAUGCCGAAGUCCAAUUGUGGCGAUCCAAAUACGAGAGCGAAGGUUUGGCUCGUCUGGAGGAACUUGAAGAAUCCAAGAGAAAGCUGGACGCCAAGUUGCAGGAGGCUAUGGAAAACAUUGACCAACUGAAUGCCAAAUGUAGUGGUCUUGAAAAGACAAAAUCUCGUUUACAAGGUGAACUUGAAGACAUGACUAUUGAAGUUGAAAAGGCUAAUGCAAUGGCAUCUGCAAUGGAAAAGAAACAGAAAUCAUUCGACAGGAUCGUUGCUGAAUGGAAACAGAAGGUCGAUGACUUAGCCGCUGAACUUGAUGCAUCCCAGAAAGAAUGCAGAAACUAUUCCACAGAAGUGUUCAAACUCAGAUCUCAAUACGAAGAGAGCCAAGAGCAUUACGAAUCAGUCAAACGAGAAAACAAGAACUUGCAAGAUGAAAUCAAGGAUCUCGUGGACCAACUUGGUGAGGGUGGUAGGAGCGUACACGAAUUGGAGAAGGCCAGAAAGAGGUUAGAAUUAGAAAAGGAAGAACUCCAGGCCGCUCUUGAGGAAGCUGAAGCUGCUCUUGAACAAGAAGAGAACAAAGUACUUCGUGCUCAAUUGGAGCUUUCUCAAGUACGACAGGAAAUUGACAGGAGACUCCAAGAGAAAGAAGAAGAGUUCGAAAACACAAGAAAGAAUCACCAACGCGCAAUCGAUUCCAUGCAAGCCAGUUUGGAGGCUGAAGCUAAAGGAAAGGCUGAGGCACUCAGGAUGAAGAAGAAAUUGGAAAGCGACAUCAACGAAUUGGAGAUUGCAUUGGAUCAUGCCAACAAAGCUAAUGCUGAAGCUCAAAAGAAUAUUAAGAAAUACCAAGUACAACUUAAAGAGCUUCAACAAGCUUUGGAAGAGGAACAGAGAGCUCGUGAUGAAGUUCGUGAACAAUACGCAAUGUCUGAAAGAAGGUGCAAUGCAAUGCACGGAGAACUGGAAGAGAGCCGACAGCUUUUAGAACAGGCUGACCGUGCUCGCCGUGCUGCCGACAGUGAACUUGCUGAGCUGCACGAACAAGUCAACGAGCUUUCCGCACAGACAUCUUCCCUCUCUAUGGCCAAGAGGAAACUGGAAGGCGAGAUGCAGGCACUCCACGCCGAUCUUGACGAAAUGUUGAACGAAGCCAAAUCAUCCGAAGAGAAGGCAAAGAAGGCCAUGGUCGAUGCUGCCCGUCUUGCUGACGAACUCAGAGCCGAACAAGAGCAUGCUCAACAGCAAGAGAAAAUGCGAAAGGCUAUGGAAGGACAGAUCAAAGAACUCCAAGUCCGAUUGGAUGAGGCCGAAGCUGCUGCACUUAAGGGUGGAAAGAAGAUUAUCCAAAAACUCGAACAGAAGGUUCGUGAACUGGAAACAGAAUUGGACAAUGAACAGCGUCGUCAUUCUGAAGCAGCCAAGAAUGUCAGGAAAUCAGAACGUCGUGUCAAGGAACUGCAAUUCCAAGCCGAUGAGGAUCGCAAGAACCACGAACGUAUGCAAGACCUCGUCGACAAACUCCAGCAGAAGAUCAAGACGUACAAGAGGCAGAUAGAGGAAGCAGAAGAGAUCGCUGCUUUGAAUCUCGCCAAAUUCCGCAAAGUUCAACAAGAAUUGGAAGAUGCUGAAGAGCGUUGUGAUUUGGCAGAAAACGCUGUUGCCAAGUUGCGUGCUAAAAACCGUAGCUCCGCAUCCGCUGGACGAGGCAUGAGCCCACCCCUUCCCAUGAUGAAAGGACGACCGAAGUCUAAGAUCGAGGCCGAAGAGUAAGGUGGAAUGUCUCUGUUGUUAUAAACAAUUUAGGCAUCGAAUGUCCAACACCUCACAAAAGUCCCCCACAUAAGUUCAGAUAUCCUCAAAAUACCAGUCAUGAAUCUGUCAACCGCCUUCGCUACCCCCUGCCAAACCACUUUAGAUGAUGAGCCGACUGUAUGAAAUGCGCUUUUCCACUGCAUCAACGCUAUCAAAUACUUCUGUGACUUUAUUUAGAGAAGAAGAAAAAAUACUUCACUUCAAAAUAAUGAACUGCCGCAUGAAAGAAAAACAAGGAUGUGGACAAUUGGAAAAAUAAUUAUCAUCUCACCAUCAAAAUCAACAAAAGAAGUAUUUGUUAAGAAUCACGAAAAGUUUCUGUUCGAUGUUUUAUGUUGUUACGUGUCCUAUAUUGUGAACAGAAAUGUUAUUUCCAUGUUAAAAAUCUAAGCAUGGUUGAAAAUGAAAGUAUGAAAUGAGACAAAAGAUCUGUAUUUUACUUAUUGAAUGAGAAAUUAUAAUAAAUGUAUACACUUUCAACAAAAUCCAGUUUAAAAGUUUCAUUCAUUUUCUCCUUAUUAAUUCAGCAUCUAUAUAUGAUAUUUUAUACUUAUAUCGUAGAAUUAAAAGCAUUUGAAAUCUUUUAGCAAGAACUCACAUGAGUAUCAUGUAAUCUAAAGUGGUUUUAAAUGUACUAAUACCAAAACUGUAUGUUCACUUUUAUUUCAAACCUUUUGUAAAUUUGUCUUACAAUUUCAAGCAAAAAUAACCAAGAAUAUGACGCAUAUAUCAAAAUCUUAUAAGUGUUUUUGUGUUCAAAAAUGUUUGUUCAUUACAAUCAUAGGCGAUUUUAUUACAAUUUAUGUAACAGUAUGAAAUUUUAUCAAAAAUAAAAUCAUUGAGGUUCUUA